AUGCAGAGCGGUGCAACGCCCAAGAAUGUUGCACACAAUGCUUCUCGCGCUACCGAUGCUGAGCAUAGCAUGAGUUUCUGGCAGAGCAUCAAGAAGUAUCCCAAAGCAGUCGGUUGGUCGGUCCUGCUCAGCACGGCGCUCGUCAUGGAAGGCUACGACGUGACUCUCCUGGGCAACCUCUUCAGCCAGCCGGCGUUUCAAAAGCGAUUCGGAGUGUCUGAUGGGAAAGGGGGCUAUCAGGUCACUGCCCCGUGGCAAUCGGGCUUGUCGAACACUUUCAAUGUGGGAUCUAUUAUGGGUCUGCUGAUUGCGGGCACGUGCGCGGAACGAUUCGGGUACCGUAGGACGAUGAUGGGCGCUCUCACGAUGAUUAUUGGCGCCAUCUUUGUCGUCUUCUUUGCGAAUGGGCUGCUCAUGCUACUCUUUGGAGAGAUCUUGUGCUCCAUGUGCUGGGGCAUCUUUCAAACUAUCACGGUAACAUAUGCGUCCGAGGUGUGCCCCCUGACUUUGCGGGCAUAUCUUACCACAUAUGUCAAUCUAUGCUGGGUCAUCGGACAAUUCAUUGGCGCCGGUGUGUUGAGGGCCGUGGUCGAUCGAACGGACCAGUGGGCGUACAGGAUUCCCUUUGCGAUUCAAUGGAUCUGGCCCAUUCCUCUGAUCACUGGCAUCUUCUUCGCUCCAGAAUCGCCCUGGUGGCUCGUCCGCAAGGGACGCAAUGCAGAGGCGGAGAAGGCGUUGCGGCGAUUGACAUCGGUGGACCCCUUGGACGAGUCCUCCACCAACGACACUUUGAGUCUGAUCAUCUAUACUACCGAACUAGAGAAGAGUCAGCAAGAAGGAACCUCCUACUGGGACUGCUUCCGAGGCAUCGAUCUACGCCGAACUGAGAUUGUCUGCUGCGUGUAUGCCAUCCAGGUUACGUGCGGCUGUCCCAUUAUGGGCUACUCGGUCUACUUUAUGGAGCAAGCCGGCUUUAGCCCACGGAACGCCUUUUCCAUGUCGAUUGGCCAGUCCGGAAUUGGAGCCAUCGGUACCAUCAGCUCGUGGUUCCUGAUGGCACACGUGGGCCGAAGGACACUUUAUCUGGCGGGAGCGGUACUCAUGGCACUCGUGCUGCUCAUCAUUGGCUUCAUUGGCCUGGCACCCAAGUCGAAUACCGGUGCUCAAUGGGGAAUUGGCACGCUCUUGCUCGUGUUGACCUUUGUGUACGAUAUCACGAUUGGCCCCGUCUGCUAUUCCCUGACGCCCGAGCUGUCGUCCACUCGGCUGCGCAACAAAAGUGUCGUCCUGGCCCGAGUGGCAUACAACAUUGCCGGUAUCCUUGCCAACGUGCUUCAACCAUAUAUGCUCAAUCCGACCUCCUGGAACUGGGGAGCCAAGUCGGCAUUCUUUUGGGUCGCCACUUGCGCCAUCAGUGUGGCGUGGAUCUUCUGGCGUUUGCCGGAGCCCAAGGACCGCACAUAUGCAGAGUUGGACGUGCUGUUCCGAAACCGUACGCCGGCUCGCAAGUUCAAGACUACGACUGUAGAUGCAUUCAUCUAUGCUGAAGAAAUUGAAGGGAAACUCGCCAAGCAUGAAAAGGACACUACUGCUGUGCACAUUGAAGAGCUGUAG